AUAAUUUUGCACUUUAAAUUAAUUUUAUCAAAUUUUACUAUUAUUUUUGUAGAUAAAUAAUAAUCAUGUAUAUUAAAUCAACUUAUAUAAAACUUGUAAUUAUCUAAAAGUAAAACUAAAUAGUAUUUAUAAAAUUUGUAGAUAUCAAAAGGAAAUCAAUGGUAUUAGGAUAAAAAUAAUUACAUAUAUAUAUUUUUUUAAAUAGCAUAAAACUUUGAAGAAUAGUUUUAGUAAAAAAAUUGUAUAACUAUUAAAAUAGAAUUAAAUAAUAUUUAAAAUUUUGUAAAAUUUUGUUAUAUUUUAUCAUUAUAUUAUUUAUUUUAUAUUUAAAUAUAUUUAAUUUAAUGAUGAUAUAUAUAAAUUAUUAGCAUAUUCUAAAAAAUUUACCAAAUAUAAAUAAACAUUAAUUAAACGUGAUUGUCCAUAUCACAAUUAAUCAUAAAUCAUGUCAUUAUUAUUAGUGUAACAUGUCAUUUUUUUUAGUGAAAAUGAAUAUAAAAAUGACAUAAAAACAAAAUUUGAAAAACUGCUUUUCAAAUAAUGUCUAGAGGAUUGUGCAUACAUUACAACUUCUUAUAAUUAAUUAAAAUGUAUUUAAUUUAUAUUUAGUAUUUAUCUUAUUUAUUUCUAUUUUUAAUUAAUUUAUGUAUUCAUAAAGUUAAGUGGACAAAUAUUGUUUGUAACAAUUAUUGCGCAGCUGUUUUCAGAAAACAAUUAUUUCGCAGCUGUGACCUAAUUUUUUUAUUGAUCAAAUCUUGUUAGAGAACAUGUUGUGAGGUAUCAUACGUUUUCAGUUCAAAUUUAACUGGCAAUAAGUUAAAGUAUCCAUAUUAUUCAUCUUAAGCUACAAUACAAACUAGAAUAACUUCGUUAGGAAAAAAAAGAAGAAUAUCUUCGUUAAAGCUUUCAGAGAGUUAAAAGUUAAACAAAACAAACAAAAUGAUUGUUAGUUUGUUACAUUGCAUCUUUCUGUGUUAGAACUUUGUUUCUUAUUAAGACAUGGAAAUGUUUUGAAUAAGUAUAUUUUCAGGUGUGCAUAGCUAUUAUAGUCUAUGAUGACUAACAGAUAUGGUAAGAAAAGAAGAUAUGAUAAGAAAGGCACUCAAAGAAAAAUGCCAAACUUUUUAAAUACUUUUUUUUUGUAAAAGUUACAUAAAACUUAAUAAAAACAAAUUUAAUAUACGUAAAAACGGAUAUGAGAUGUGAUGGCACAACACAAAGACAUGAAUGGUUCUCAGAGAAGUAAUAACCCAAAUGGACCACACUUCUCAUGAGUUCUCCUUAAAUGGCUAAAAGAAAAGAUCUCACAUUUUCUACGUUUUUUCCCUCUUUUCUGAUUUUUGUGAUAGUUGAAACCAGCACGAGAAAGACACAACCAAUUAUCUUAUUAUUUUGUUAUCGAAUUAUAUAUUAUGUAGUAUAUUAUUUUGUCUAUACAUAGGAUAAUAGGAGACAUGAAAAUAGUGUAGGGUCCCUUUUAUAGCCAGGCUGCUGAAAAUUCAGACACUUCCGUUGAUAUUGACGUUCAAAUUCUCUACUCUGUGGCCAAUUCUAAUAUAGAUAAGAAAACACAACCUUCAUUGUAUCUGUAGAUGAAAGCUUUUGAGACACUGUGGAGCAAAGGGAAGAAGCAUCUUUAGAGGCAUGUACCUCAGUUCCACCUGGUCCUUGGAUCUCUCUUCACUGCGCAUUUUUUUCUACUUACCAAUACCCAAAUACUCUUAUUUGGAUUUGUAAUGUUUGAAACAUAAAUCACUAUGUAUAUUUCAGUAUAAUUUUCCUCUUCAGUGUGUAGUAGUUACAGAUGAUCCAUUUGCCAUGUACAAAUGCGGGUAGAAACUAAAGUUCAUGUAUAUUAUAUUUGUGUUUUAUACUUGUUCUCACUUCUAAUUCUCAAACUUUGGAUGCUUUGUUUUGUUGCAGAAAAUGCUGAAGACUAUAGGAGUACAGUAAUAGCCUACGUGGGACUUGACACUUGACAAUUUCGAGGCAGCUUUGUCCUCUCCUAACCAAUUUUGAUUUUUGUGUUUUACCACGUGUCAAUUUAUCUAAUGUGCAAACUACCAAAAUCAAAUGGUAUAUAAAUGCAGGAUUUUAUGAUCGAAUUCACAAAAAAAACUAGUGAUUUAUUACACAAAGAACACACAAAUUUCCAUAAUCUAAUCAAAUAAGAAGAUGCAUGAUUGAUAACAAGCUAAAUUCAAGAAAUAUAAACAAAAGUAAUCUCAAAUUCAAUCAAGAAAUAAGUGAAAGAACUAAACUUUCAAUCAAAUGCUAUGGAUGGAACCAUGAGCAAGAUAAUUGAUAGAAGGUAAUCAAAAUUCAAUCUAGGAUGUUCAAACAAAACAAUCAACUAGUCUAUAGGUAUAGAUCUCAUUCAAAUAGAUGAAUCCACUUCUGUGACAAUAAUCCACAUGCUAAUCAUGCAUUAAAAUAUCAACUUCUGUUGGCCUAACACAUUCAAGCAUGCAUAAAUCACAAGUCUACUAACCAUUUAACAUCUCUAACAUUAAUUAAUUUCCAUUGGCUUGAUAUGUAAAAGACAAUAUUAUGUUGGUUCAAGCAUUUCAUCGAAUGCCUUCGGGACAUUAAAUUACUUAAGCUCUAAAUCAACUUGAUCAAAGCUAAUCUAGCAUUAAGAAAACCUAACAAGUAUGAAACAAUGUUAAUCAAGCUAUGAACAACCCAAAUAUCCACCUAAUCACCCUAAUCCAACUAACUCAUGAAUCACAAAGUGUCUACUCACUAAUCUCCAUGAGAAAUCGUAUAUUAAACUCAUAUGAGAUUCAAAGCUAAUCAUGUUAAUUGGGAAGAGAAAGACAAAUAUAAGAUGAAUCAUUUCCUUAAAUGAUCAAAAUGUUCAAGCUUUUGCAAGAUUAGACAAAAUCGUGAGAGAAAAUAAGAUGGUUAAGGUUUUUGCCUUAUAAAGUACUUUAUUUAUAGGCUCUCUAAAACAAGUUGGACCAGCCCAAAUAUCUUGGGUCAAACUAAAUAAAAAAUCAUUUUUUUAGUCGGUAGAGACCUCGCGGAAUCGCUACGAAAAGCUGCUGUGAAUGUCCUAUCUCUAGCAGCUUUGCCAAACCGCUACCAAAACCCGCUACAGACUUCAUUACGUUCAUAGCGACUUCAUCAUCCCGUUGUGAAAAGUCGUUUCUUGCCUUGUACCAAAACUCCACAAACAAUGCCUUCAUCUUCAGUAGCGGCUUUGUUAAGCCACUACCAAAUCCCGGUACGUACACCGUUGAGAUCACAUCGACUACUUCAUCCCAUUAUGUAACCCCGCUAAAGACUUCGUUAUGUUCGUAGCUGCAUCCCUUGCCCGCUACGAAAAGCCGCUACAUGACUUGUAAGUUUUCUUGGACUGUCCUCUAUGUAGCGAUUUCUUUGGGCUGCUGUGACGCCAUGCUGCCAACUUCGUUGUAAUCAUGGCAGGUGGAUAAUCUCUCUGCCAAAAGCUUCUACACACAUGAACUUGAGCUUCACUUUGUCAAGUACUCAUUUCAACCUCUUUAACCUCCAAUGUGUUCCAAACACUUCCAAAACCUUCAAUUGGCAAUUCCAGCACCUAAUAGACAGGCUCGGCUCUGGUCAUGUGCUGGAAGUGCAUUUGCACAGGGUCCAUUUCAUUUUUUGGCUUUUAUAAGCUUAGAGUAGAGUCUAUGUAAAAAAAAAAAUUGUAUGAAAAAUGGGUCUCAAAGUUUUUAUAGUACAUGCCCCAUUUUAUGUUAGAGACUCAUGCAUGACAAUGCAACCUAAAUGUGUCUAAAUGCCACUUUAAAUUAUAAAUAUAUACAUUAAAUGAUAAUUAAAAUCAUGUAAAUCUAAAAGAUAUCAACAAACACAGAAGAUGGAACAAGAACCAGAACUGAAAUGAAUCUCUUCAGCUACCACACAACCUGAAGAAGCUGCACAAAAUGACACAUAAAAUAAAGCUAACUAUCAUAAGCAGAUAAAACUGUGAAUAUAGUAGAAUACCUGACAAAAGUCACUCUUUGUUUAGUACUUUAGGUACUUCUAAAUACAACUCAUCAAAGCUUGGUAUUGAAGCUCUUAUGCUAUCACUGUAUAAGGAACAUCAAAACAUUUGUAGAUGACUUCCGUCUUAAAAUCAUAAUCAAUUCUACUAUAUUCUAGAUGGAGAAAAACUGCAUGAAGAUCAAACCUGUUCUCAAAUGUUUCUGGAGCAUCCUCACGCAAGUUUCCGCCGUCCAUCUCUACAAGUUUUUUUUUUGAAAGAUCGGUAAGGAUCAAGACAAUGUAAUGAUGAGGUAUAUUUCCACUUGCCAAACGAAUCAGGAUUGAUAAGUAGACCUCUUACUAAAGUAAAAACCAAUAUGCCUCGAUCCUAAGAUUUUACCAAGAGAAUGUGCUUAGACCACAAAGACUCAAGGCCCUAAUCUCCAAUCAACUUUGUUUAUAAAGAUCUGUCCACAUGCGUCUUCUCGAAUUAGCAUCAAACUCAUUAUUCACGAGAUGGAUGCAACAGAUCUUACUUACAAGUUAGCUAUAAUACACUCUUUAUUCCCCAAAGUUUCUAUCUUUCAUGAAUGUUUCAUAUGAUGAUAUGAGCAAAACAUUACGACCACAAAAAUAAAACAGCAGAAAAAUACAAACAUACAAAAUACCAAAACAAAGAAGAAAGUUGUGUACUUCCUCAGCUUCUAAUAAGUUUAUAUCAGUGUACUUUUAGUGUAGCUUCUAAUUAGUUUUCAUAUUUUGAUGUUUAGGUUGACAUAUAAUUACUAGACCCUUACAUGUUCAUAUUGAUGGACAGCCUGAUCGUUUGAUGUGUUAUUUGGGGAGUUGGGACCAUACAAUCUCUAGCAAUCCAUUCACAAUCCUGACGAACAGAUUUUAGGUUGCGACUUUAUAUAGGAUAACGUAAAAAUUACCAAAACAUAAAAUAAAAGAACGUUGCCAUGCAUGCGGCCUUAGGAAUUAGGAUGACGAUGCCAACAUGCAUGACAUUGGUUCUCACACGAUAUCUCUGUAGAAGAACCAUUGUUCUACAGCCAUUGUAUAUUUUUAAUAGUACGAGAAAAUGAUUUUUUAAUGUUUGACUUAAUUAAAUUGGGAAUCUAACUAAUCAAAAGAUUGGAAUCCUACAAGAUUACACAUCAUGUGUCUCUCUAAUUGAGUAGCGGGGUAGUCUAUGAAAAUAAAAUAACGCCGACUUGUUUAUUUUGUUGACAUUACAUCUCACAAACGGGUGCAAUCCACCGGGCCAGAAGAAUCUAGUCUACUUAUUAUAUUUUGGAGGCAAUUUGGCACCAACGGUUAAUAUAAACCGGCAUUAACCUAAGCGGUGAUAUACCGUCUUAGCCAUAAUAUAUGUAUUCACCAAGCUGGUAUAUAUGUUCAUACAUAGAUACUAUAGUUAUGAAAAGGAGACCAACUAGUUCAUUAGUCAUUACUAUAUAUAAAAAUAAAUUAUACAGUUGUUGAAUAAAAAGGAUAUGAGAGUUGACGAAGUUAUAUCGUUUGAUAUGUCCAAAAGGCCAGGAGAGACCGUCCUAAUUAGAAAUUUAGAACUUACAAAGUACACUUCAUUCUGUUUUACAAAUUCAAAAAUUACAAAUAUCAUUUUAAUUCACUUAAACUUUGUAUAUGUAUACUAUUGUAAUACAACAGUGAAGAACAGGAAUUUAUUAAUAUUGUUAGCAAUCUUUCUUUGUUCGCAUAUUGAGAUGCAUGACGUUUAGUCGUUUAACUUGCUGGCAAUGACAAAGAACAGGAAUCACAUCGGUAAAUUUCAUUGAUAACUUGAAACUCCUAUUAAUAUUCUCGAAUAAACCAAUUAGUAGUUUAACCAAGAUACUAAUCACACGUAACGCCACAGCACCGUGUGUCCUUUCAGUAGAAUAUUGGGAUGGUCCAAGUUGAUAUUUUUAACUAAAUAAGUUAACACAUUUUCUUGUUUAGUUAAUAACGUUACGUAUCGUAAUUUACUCUGUCCAUAAUUUUGAGUAUGAGUGUAAUCUCUUUUUGCCCACAUGGUCGGCUCAUUUUAGCUAUUUGAUUCUAAUUGACGGCAGUUAUUUAUAAAUCGUCUAUAGAAACUACUAGUCACUUUGGUAUUGAUAACUAUGUUUUUUUUGGUUAAAAAAAACUAUUUUGGGUAAACUUUUAAUAGUGACUAUACCUCUACCGCAAGCGGUGUUCCAAAUAAAAAAAAAGUCUUUUACAAUUUUUUUGGAAAGUUAUAGUACUACCACGUUGACAGAAAAUCGAAUAUGUGACCUCUGUCAGUCGUCUGUGAGAAUGGAGACCAUUGAGAUCCAUGGCUUUCUCAAAUUGAUAACUAUGUUUGUAUUUAUAUAUACACAUAUAUAGUAUAGAAGGUGUGAUCAAAAAUAAAACGUGAAAAUAACAUGAAUGAAAAAUACAUUUUUACGUUACUUCAUGUUUAUAUAUGAAAAUAUUGUAUAUUGACAUGUUAAAUGUUAUGCAACCUCUGAAAUAACGAAGUAUGAUUCUAUAAAUACUUAACUAGUUUUAGAUAUUAAUCAAAUAUAUCUGAUUGUUGUUAAGUUUUACCCAAAAAUGCCAUCAAUAAAAAAAUAAAGCUCGACCCCGUCAGAAUUGAAUCCUUCAUCCUAAAUGCUAAAGAUACAAGUCAUCGAGAUAAAUAUAUAAUCCAUAUAAUAUAAUCAAUAACUAUAUAUUUAUAUACUGCCGAUUAAGAAUCACAAAAGGCUAUAUAAAUGGGUAUAUGCAUACGCAAAAUCGUGUAUCAAACUCUUUCAUUUGUUUGAUCUCCUCUCAUUUCACACAUAUACAGAAUCUACAAAAUGGGAUUUUGUUUCUGUUUAUCCUCAGGAGGAUCAACAGAUCGAAACCAGAUUUAUGAGAUAAAAGAUUAUGGACAAGAAAAUGCAGUUUUACACUCUGAACAACACGAUGUUCAUCAAGGCUUUGGCUCUGUCUCUUCUUUAGCUGGAGGAAAGGGCUACAAUCAAGAUGCUGCCGUUCUCCACCUGGGAUAUGGAACAGAAGAAGGAGCAUUGUGUGGAGUGUUUGAUGGUCAUGGUGAGAAGGGUGAAUUGGUGAGCAAGAUAGUAAGAAACCAAUUGCCAUCUUUAUUGUUAGGUCAUAUGAAUAACCAUUCAGGGACUCGAGACUGGAAACUCAUUUGUGAAACUACGUUUUUGUUGAUGGACAAAAGAAUUCUUAAACUCAAAAAUACCCUUGAUUGCUCUUCCUCCGGAACUACUGCUGUUCUCGCCGUUACACACGGAAAUCAAGUGAUGGUGGCAAAUCUAGGAGAUUCAAGGGCUGUGAUGAUUGGAGCAAGUGAGAAUGGAGAAAUCAAGGUGGUUCAAUUAACCACAGACCUGAAGCCAAGUGUCCCUAGCGAAGCCGAGAGAAUAAAAAAACGCAACGGAAGGGUCUUGGCAUUAGAGUCAGAGCCACAUAUUCAAAGAGUAUGGCUUCCACAUGAAAACCGGCCCGGUCUAGCCAUGUCUAGGGCUUUGGGUGAUUUCGCUCUUAAAAGCUAUGGUGUCAUUGCGACUCCUCAAGUCUCUACGCAUCAAAUCACUUCUCGCGACCAGUUUUUGCUCCUUGCUUCCGAUGGGGUGUGGGAUGUACUUAGUAACGAAGAAGUGGCUGUGGUGGUGAUGAAGUCAGAGAAUGAGGCAGGAGCGGCCAACGCCGUGACAGAGGCGGCGGCUAAUGCAUGGAGAGAGAAAUAUCCGACGGUUAAGGUUGAUGAUAUCUCUGUCGUAUGUCUCUUUCUCAACAAGAGGCUACAUCCUCAGCCACGUAUGUAAUCAAACAAACCAGCUAGCGAAAAACAAACAAAUAACGACUAAUUAAAGAGGGAUGCCACGAUUGCAUACUUAGACUUCUGUGUUUUGCCUGUUAGUGUGAAUGUAUGUGUGUAUAUAUAUAAUAUUUGUAUGUUAAGUCGUGUGAUUAUUCAUUAGAAAAUAAAUGAAAGAAGAUGUUAGAAAUGGUGUGUGUCGUGGGAUAAACGUAACGAGGACUUUGACAUUUUGGACAGACGUCAUAGGAAUCUACGUAUUUGGAGCUUACCGGAAUAAUUCAAAUGUGCUUCAGUGCUUCCAGACUCUUAUGUCACUGCUGUAUAAAUUAAUGAUAACAUUUAACGAAGAUAUUUUUGUAGCAGAAACAGCUGAAGAACAUAAACUGAGUUUCAGAACAUGAAUACUUUAUUAGACAUUGAGUAAAUGAUCUUGUCAUGAGAGAUUGUAGUAACACUAUCCACUAUAUAUUGAGAUCAAAGACUACACUAAGCUUGGAGUUCUUGGCUCAGACAAACUGUUGUUUAUCAUGCUGUCAGUUUGUGAAAUUCAGCCGCCUUAAACUGAUUACUCUUCACGUACUUAAGAAUGCAUUUCUCAAAUAUUCGGACUGGAAUGUAUGUUUGUUUUGCUGUUUUAAUGAUGUGAAUAAUUGUGUCUAUGCUCUCUUGUUGUCUCUCUUUUUUUCUACACCAAUCCACAGUAUACAAAAAAAGCACAUGUCACCAACGACGAAUUGACCUAUUAGCUAAAACUCUAAAACAUCUAGUUGGGAUCUAAGAAGUUGCAAGUUUGAUUCUUGUUGAGAGGUGUUUACUUUCCUAAAGAAAUAAUUUAACAUGAAUUGGUCUCUGUACUAGAGAUGCAAGCUUUCGGAUCCAAAACUUCCACACAUUAAGACAAAAUCAGUGUUUCUAAAACCGGAUUGGCCUGUCAAAUCAUGACUUGCUUAUCUAGUCGGUUUCAGAUUGUAUUAAUAACCAGAUAUGUAAUUAAACCAGUAACCCGAUUUAAUAUCAAAACCUGGGUUUUUUUUAAAUUAAGUGAAAAAUAAAACAAAAAUCAAAUUUAAAUAAUUUUAUAUGAAAUCAUGAUAAUUUGGAUAAUUGCCUACUUAAAAUUAGUCAUAAUAUUUUAUAUUAUUAAUAUAAUUAUGAUAUUGAUAAAACAAAACUUAUAUAAAUUAAUAUCUAAUUUUAUAUUUAUGCUUAAUUAUUUAAAAUCUGGUUAAACCAGUUGGACCGGUUCGACCAUUGACUCAGUCACAAUGCAGAGUCAUGCCAUUGGCAAAACAACGUUCAACAUAAGGAAUGCUAUGAGCUUGUGUGUUGUAGAACAAUGGACUGGCGCGGGUUUAAAAACGAUCACCGAUCGAAAUGGAUGGAUUGAGAUUAUAAAGUAUCACCAUGUUGUAGAGUAGUGGACUACGUGAGACUUGAUAAUGUAGAGCAAGCUUUGCUCUCUCCUAACCAAUUUUUAUUUUUUUUAAAGAAAACAAACAGAUGGUGGAACAAUAACCGGAGCUGAGAAUAAAUAUCUUCAGCCACACCCGAAGAAGCUG